UCACAUUCACAUCAGGACGUCCCAGCAGCACCAAACCAACGACAAGAUGACUCACCACUGCACCAAGUUCUCCGGCCACUGGAAGAUCAUUGUGUUCGACGAGGAAUGCUUCCAGGGCCGCCGCCACGAGUUCACCUCCGAGUGCUGCAACGUGAUGGAGUUCGGCUUCGAGACCGUGCGCUCCAUGAGGGUGGAGAGCGGAGCCUGGGUGGGCUACGAGCACGCCUCCUACCAGGGGCAGCAGUUCGUCCUGGAGAGAGGAGAGUACCCUCAGUGCGACGCCUUCGGAGGCAGCAACGCCUACCACAUCGAGAGGAUGACCUCCUUCAGACCCAUCGCCUGCGCUGGUCGAAAGAUGGCGGACCUCGAAGCAGUUCUCGCCGAUGUCAGUUAUUUGAUGGCGAUGGAGAAGAGCAAAUCUACUCCUGCGGCCCGAGCGAGCAAGAAAAUCAUCCUGCCUGAGCCCAGGAGAAGCACGCAGAAGAUGGAUGGGAAUACGGAACGGGAUCGGUGUGUCAGAAUCGGGGGAGAGUCUGAGCGAGCGGCGGAGAUGACUGCUAAAGGAGGUGAAUCAGAUGAUCAGCGGCAGCCAAACCAUCACAUUCAACUAAAGAAACCAGCGCUGUUCGGGGAAAUGAGGAGGAAGUAG